AAUAAAUGGAAAGCAUUGCUAAAGUUAUUGAAGAAGAGGACACAGAGAUUAUCAGUCUAGAGAAGUCUAUCCUGGCCAAAACCAAGAGACAAGAUAUCACCAGAUGUCAGAGCAUUCUCUAUAAUGGUUUUCCAAGACUUAAAGAAAUUAAGCCAUUGGUUUCAGACUCUGGGGAAGCCUCAAGAAAUAAUUUCCUUUCCUUUUAUUGAAGCGAUCUUCGGGAUGUAAAGCUUGCAAGGAAUUUGAAACAUCUCAAAUUCUUUGAUACUUAUAGGAUUCUUUUUGUUCAUGUUGACUCUAAAAAUAGGCAUUUUGUAAAUUUCUUAGAAUCCUCAUUCCCAAAUAAAACUAAUGAUCUCGGUUUUUGCUCCAGGUAUGGAAUGGGUCUGGAUAGAUCAAAUUACUUAAACCCACUGCUCAGGCUCAGUUCUAAAGUCGUCCAAACAGUGUCAUUUCGAUCUUUCACCAUUGGCCUUCCCUCAUUGAAGAGACUGGUGGUAGCUUACAAGCAUGUCAGAGUGUUGAGGUUGAUCUGUUGCAAGUUAUCAAUUCCAAGUGUUCCAGACUUUUCAAAGGCUCUUACAAAUUGCCAAAUCCAGCAACUAGAUUUAGAAGGAACAGGAACAGCUGGUUUAAGUGGCUGUGGGAACAACUUUUAUCUAUUUAAGAACUUGAUACAAGGGUUAGCAAGUUCUCCAGAUUUAAGAUUGAGUCUUAAAGAGGUAGUAAUCUAUAAAUGAGGAGUAAGCCAAUCUGAAGCUGAACAGAUGUUUGAACAAAAUCUACUUGAAGGAGUUAAAAUAUUUCCAAGAUAUUAAAUUUUGGUUAAAUUUUAUCUUUUUACUGCAUAGGCUAAAAUGCUAUAAUUUCUCCAUAUUUGAGCCUUGGUGAC